CUGGGACCAAAAUUCACGUUUCCUUUUCGGUGAAAGUCUCCAGCCAAGCUCGGCGCUAACCGAGUAGGCGAUUUCACUUCAUCAUCACUUCACAAAAGACUUCCAAAUUCACUGCGGCAGACACGGCAAAAUAAAAAUGUUAAAUACGUCCUGGCUGGGAGGGGACUGAAGCCUCCACGCUCAAUCAAAGGUUUGCAAUAAUAGGAUUCAUAAAAAAAAAAAAAAAAGGAAGAAGAAGAAGAAAAAGACAGAUGGGAUUAGAAAAUGUUGCAGUGAAGACUCUGGAAUGAGAUGAGAUCACAGCCCCAGCCUGUCUUUUGUGGACCUGCACAAUGAUCCCGGAGCCAGAGUGGAUUAGGAAACGUCGCGACUAGGGGUUCAAACAGGGGCCUCCGGUUCCCAGGCACUUUUGGGGAGAGAAGGCUGAAACGAUGCAUCAGAUUUACAGCUGCAGUGAUGAAAAUAUCGAAGUUUUCACCACUGUGAUUCCUUCCAAGGUGUCCAGUCCAGCCAGAAGAAGAGUCAAAAGCUCUCAACACCUCUUGACCAAGAAUGUGGUGAUCGAGUCGGACCUCUACGCGCCCCGGCCCCUGGAGCUGCUGCCGCACCGCAGCGAGCGCCGGGACGGCGACGGCCGCAGGUCGGGCCGGCUGCAGAGCGCGCGGCCGCAGGGACCCCACCCCGCGAAAACCCCGGCCAGACCUGUGGGGAUUUCUGAACCCAAAUCAUCAAAUCGUUGUGGGAGUCGGGCAUAUGGAAAAUCUUUGAUUGCUCCGGUGGCCCGGAUCUCUGUGAAAGCCCCCACUGUCCUGGAGGUGGCAGCCCCGGGCUCAGAGAAUGGAGCUGUUCUGACAAGAGGAUCUAGACAUCUCAAGAAGAUGACUGAAGAGUAUCCAACCCUUCCCCAGGGAGCAGAAGCCUCCCUACCGCUGACAGGAAGUACCUCCUGCGGCGUCCCUAGCAUCCUCCGGAAAAUGUGGACGAGGCACAAGAAGAAGUCAGAAUAUGUGGGAGCUACCAACAGCGCCUUUGAGGCCGACUAAAGGUGACCCUCCCCAGCUGCCCAGCGUUGGCCAAAGUUCACUGCACAAGGGGAGAAAACUUCCAGAUUGGAACUGAGCCACAUUCGCUUCUGUUAGUAGCUGGUCCAAACAUAUUAUCCUCCCUUACUAACUGAUUGCCCUGGCUUAGGAUGCAGGAAAGGAACUUCCCUCGAAGGCAAAAGAAAACUAUUCCUUCUUAGAAUCGAUAAAGCCCCUGGUCUGAAAAUGACUUGCGGGAGUCAUAAAGUUUAUCUCCCUAUCUUUAAGCAAAACCACACCAAAAUCAAACUUUACCCAUUUUAAAGACCUCCAAGGAAGGAAGCAGGCAAUUCUUCAGUCUUCCUUGUGAGUCCUUCUAACGUGUGUGAUUUCUGGUGUAAAUGUAAGAGCUUGAUGUUUGAUACUAUUCUAUCACAAUUUAUUUCAUCUUGAGGAGGUACGGUUUUUAAUGACAAAGCACUACAUGUUUACUUAGUAGUUCUAAUAUCCACUUGAGAAUAUUGUCAAGGUUGGUUUUGAUGAUCA